CGAUUAGAGUAUGGCUGAAAAGAGACAGUGGACAGUAUUGGCCCAGCAUCUACCAUACAAUGUCAUCUCCUUGUUCAACUAUGGCUUAUCAUCAUGACAGCAGACGAAUAUUUGUAGGCCAAGAUAAUGGAGCUAUUAUGGAAUUUCAUAUCUCAGAAGACUUUAAUAAGAUGAAUUUUGUCAAGACUUAUCCAGCUCACCAGAACAGAGUGUCGGCAAUCAUUUUUUGCUUGGAAGCAGAAUGGGUGAUUAGCACUGGCCAUGAUAAAUCCGUCAGCUGGAUGUGUACCAGAAGUGGAAAUAUGUUGGGAAGACACUAUUUCACUUCCUGGGCAUCUUGCCUACAAUAUGAUUUUGAAACCCAGCAUGCCUUUAUUGGAGACUACUCUGGACAGAUUACUCUGUUGAAGCUAGAGCAGAGCACGUGUUCAGUGAUCACAACUCUCAAGGGUCACGAAGGAAGUAUUUCUUCUCUGUGGUGGGAUCCUGUUCAGCGAUUACUCUUCUCUGGAGCAUCUGAUAACAGCAUAAUCAUGUGGGAUAUUGGUGGAAGAAGAGGUCGGACACUGCUUCUUCAAGGCCAUCAUGACAAGGUACAAGCCCUCUGUUAUCUCCAGCUUACACGACAACUGGUUUCUUGUUCAGCAGAUGGAGGGAUCACAGUCUGGAAUAUGGAUAUUAGUAGAGAAGAGGCCCCUCAGUGGUUAGAAAGUGAUUCCUGUCAGAAAUGUGAGCAGCCCUUCUUCUGGAAUAUAAAGCAGAUGUGGGAUACAAAGACACUGGGUCUGAGGCAGCAUCACUGUAGGAAAUGUGGUCAAGCAGUAUGUGGCAAAUGCAGCACGAAACGCUCCAGCUAUCCCAUAAUGGGCUUUGAAUUCCAGGUCCGGGUUUGUGACUCUUGUUUUGAGUCUAUCAAAGAUGAAGAUCGCACUUCUUUGGCAACUUUUCAUGAAGGAAAACACAACAUUUGCCAUAUGUCCAUGGAUAUUUCAAGGGGACUUAUGGUGACAUGUGGAAGUGAUCGUGUAGUGAAGAUUUGGGACAUGACACCAGUAGUGGGUUGUAGCCUUGCAACUGGAUAUGCUUCCCGUUGAUCUGGGCUUUCUGGAAUAGUAUACUGUAUGCAUCAAAUGGAUAUACUCCCUUUCAUAACUCUUGCCACACAUGCCAACUGCUUGACUUUGAGAAUAUCAUUUUCCUAAGAUGGACAUCUUCGUUUUGUGGGACAGAAUCCUCAUUUAGGGCUUAUGAAGACUCUGGAAGGUGCUCAGCUACAAGUUAAUAGCCUGUGGAGUGAACACCAGGAAGGUUUACAUACAACAGAAUAUCUGGCCUAGGAAGACCACUCAUAGCUUGAUUUACUUGUAGCAUUCAGUGUGCUUUCUCUGCUGAAAUGAUAUUGUACUGUGGCUAAGGGUUAAAAUGAGUACAGUAUAGUGACAACAAAACAUGUUCAAAUAGUAGUAAUGUAUUCCUUGUAAAGUGUCCCCGUAGACUAGUUUUGUCUUAUGAAUAGUCACUGUGAAUAACGGCUCACAGACUUUGAAUAUAACUUUGCCAGCAGGAGGGAAAAAAAAAUUUCUUUCCCAGCAGCACUGCAAUAAGGGUAGGAGCAUUGAUAGUGUGUUUUGGACUAUUUUGUUUCUUUGUUAGAUUUGAUGUUGUUCCAGUUUUAAAUUGUCUACUGAGAGGGGUUUUUUUUGUUGUUGUUUUUGCACCUGGCAAAAUACCAAAAUCAUAAUAAAAAUGUUUUCCAUAACAGCUGAAGCUAAAUGAGGUGUUGAAUCAUACUCUUUCUAUGUAGUAAAAUGGUACAGUGGAGGCUCAGUGAAAUAGACAGUAAAUAUAUGUUGAACAAAAGGCAUAUUUGUGGUGUAGCAGAUAUCAUCUUAAUGUCCUCUAAAGUCAGUCCCAAAUCAGAUUUUUAAUUCAAUUUCAGCAAUAACUACCAUUGUACCAGAAGCUUGCAUCUGGGCUCCUGCAAGUAAAAAUUCCUAUUGAUAGGAAUAGGUAAUGGAAAAAAAUGUGUACAUUAAAAUUUGUCAUUAGUUUUGAAAAUGAAAGUACCUUGCUAUACUAUAGAAUUGUAAAGAGAAAUUUCAGGUUGCUGUUCUUUUCAUUUUGAGUUUAGGGUUAAACUGUGUGACUAAAUAUAGCUUUAUAAAAUCUGGUGUAGAAUCAUCAUUGAUGAAAUUCAGUCAUUUCUAAUUAAAAGUGAUGGGAAAUAUUCAUUUCAAAAUGUAGCACAGCUAGACUGUGUAAUCUGCCCUCCAAUUAAAAUAUAUAUAUUUUUUGUGCAAAUAGCGUAAUUAGCCAUUUCUUUUAGGGGAUACUUAAUAAAAAUAAGUGAGGGAGAAAUGUUUCUCCAUCUUUCUCAAGGAAAGUUGUUUUAGGCUAGUCUUGAAGAUAUAUCAUCAUGUUAAAACAUAAGCCCCAAAUAAUUUUUUUUAAAAAACAUUGAUUAGGGCAAUGCAUAUUAGGAAGGGAAGUAUAAUCUGAGGGAUUACUUAAUGGUGAAUCAGUGUUAGUGUCGGAAAAUCAUUUAAGAUGGGUAUAAAUCAAUGUUAUUGUUAGUGAAUUACUGUUCCUAAGCUUCUUACUUGAUAUUAACUUUGUUGGAGGGGCAGAGAUAAAAAUGUAAAGGAGGAAUCAAACAUUUCUGCAAUAUCACUAUACAAAUAAAGUAAAUCACAGAAAAAUGGUUUUGUUAAAAUGGUAACGUGGUUUUACUUACUUGCCUUAUUAUACUGUAUAAAAAGGAGAACUUUGGAUUAAAUCAGAAUUAUUUCACUUCUGUCCCACCCAUAAAUAAAAGUUUACAUGAAAUGUG